GCCCGCCCCCGCGCUUGCCCGCCGGAAGCGGAAGUCGGGCGAAUGUCGGCCUGCCGCCGGGGUGGCUCCGUUUCCUUGGAGAGCUGAAGUAGUGGCGGAUCCUUUGGCCGCGGUGUGGGCCAGAGAUCGAAACAACAUAAACAUUACACGUUGCAGCUGCCUCAGAUUGCUGGGAAUUCUCACAAAAACAUUAAAAACUGUACAGAAUUUCAGAAUGACAGACACUUCUGAAGCUGUUCCCAAUUUUGAAGAGAUGUUUGCCAGUAGAUUCACAGAAGAUGACAAAGAGUACCAGGAAUACCUGAAACGCCCUCCUGAGUCCCCUCCAAUCAUUGAGGAAUGGAAUAGCAGAGCUGGUGGGAACCAGAGAAACAGAGGCAAUCGGUUGCAAGAUAACAGACAGUUUCGAGGUAGGGAUAGCAGACGGGGGUGGCCAAGUGACAAUCGAUCCAAUCAGUGGCAUGGACGAUCCUGGGGUAGCAAUUACCCACAGCACAGACAAGAACCUUACUACCCCCACCAGUAUGGACACUAUGGUUACAACCAGCGGCCUCCCUAUGGUUACUAUUGAUGGAAUGUCAGCCGCUCUUAGUAAAACCAUUUCCUCUGUUAACAUGACAAAAGUUUGUAUCUUCUGUUGGUCAUAGUUUUACAUGAUUUCAGAGAAUGGAUUAUUAACUUUUUGGGACUUGUGACUUUAAAAAAAAAAAAUGAAAUCUUACCGGAGAUGUGAUGGUUCAGUAUGCCCCUAAAAGGUUGUGGAUUAUAUUGCCUGACUUCUACCUCAGAUUCUUCUGUUUCCUGGCUUAAUAGUGCUUUGAAUUUGGUGUCUGUUUUCCUUGUUUGACCUCCAGGAGUUCUUUGUUUUACACAGAAAUAAAAACUUUGAAGUAGAAAAUGCUUGAUUCUACUUUGUAAGGUAAGGAAGUAUCCAUAUACUCAGAUGUGCUCAUUCCUAAAUUUUUACAGAGGUUGGUACAGUCAACUCAUGAAUGUACAACUAUGCUUACUUGUAUUGUACGUAACAUCAGCAGUUAAAGGUAAAACAGUUGUAGAUGCUUCUUUUGGCUUUUGUUGUCAUGACCAUGGUACUUUAUCAUUACUUAUUCCAGGUAUGAGUCAGCUCCACAAUCGCUUUGUUCUCUUUUUUAGAGGGAUAUCAAGAACAAAGCGGUAAACUGAGGAAGGGACCCUCCUCAGUUUCAGUGUCUAGUGGUGGUGAGAUUGGGGCACACAGUCAUUUCAUUGCAAACUGUAAGGCUUUUGCUAACUUAAACGAAGCAGAUCAGAAUUCACAUGUUAUACAAAAGUCUGUGUAAAUGUUGCCCCUUCCUUUCCUGUAGUAUGUAUAUAAUGCUGCAUUCUGACUACUGAUUUUUCUGGUAUUUAAUGUACCAAUGACUUGAUUGUACGGUAUUAUAUUCACUUCCAAAUGUGCACUUUUGCUGCUUCCUCUUGUAUAAGUAUAGUGAUGCUAUAACUUCCUUUUAGACUGAUCAUUUUAUUCCAGAUCACUUUAAUGGCCAUUAUAAUGGUGUAAUUCAAAUAAAAUACAAGAUUAAGCAA